GUGACAUUCCCGUCGUCACGUGUGAUUUAUUUCAGCUGCGAUGACCACCGGUUUUAGAAGUCACCUUAACGAGGACAGAAGAUCAUACCCAAACCUUGCAGAAGCGUUUUUAGCUAUUUACGAAGACGUCCUGCUUCCCUGGCUUGAUGCCUUUAGCAUGACUAUGCAAUAUUGAAAGAAGGACAUUUUUUAAAGAAUAUAGUUCAAGUGCCUGCAGCAGUGUAGUAUGGCGUCGGCCACCUCCACCCCCGCAGUGUCCAGCAGUAGCGCCAGUCGCUCUGCCAGCCGCCGCAGCGCCGCCAACAUUACCGCAUCCACCAGCCCCAGCUACAGGACCCGCAUCCAGGAGAAGGAUGACCUGCGACAUCUCAAUGACCGCCUGGCCAACUACAUCCAGCGUGUGCAGGAGCUGGAGAGUGAGAGGGCUUACAUGCUGCUGAAGCUGGAGGAGAAGGACGAAUCAAAGAAGAACGUGCGGCGGCUGUACGAGGAGGAGCUGAGCGACGUCAGGAAGUCUCUGGACAUUCUGGCAGCCGAGAGGGCACGUCUUCAGGUCGACUUUGGAAACAUCUCAGACGAACACAGGAAACUCCAAGCAAGGAACCAGAAGAAGGAAAGCGAUCUGGCGAAUGCACUGACUCAGUGGAGACGGGUUGAAGCGGCGCUUAGUGCAAAGGAUGCAGAGUACGCAAAGCUUCUGUCAGAGAUCGGAAGACUCAAUGACAACCUGACUGAUCUCCAGGGCCAGUUGGAAAACUCGCAGGGAGUGCUUGCUGAUGUCAAGAGCCAGCUGAGUUCAGAGCUCUUGAGGAGGGUGGACGCGGAGAACCAGGUCCAAACCCUCAAAGAACAGCUCGAGCUCAACAGGAACAUCAACGAGCAGGAAAUCUUGGAGCUCCGUGGUCGACAUGACAGCCGUUUAGUGGAGGUGGACACGGGGAGACGGAGAGAGUUUGAUAUGAAGCUGGCUGAAGCGAUGCAUCAGCUUCGACAGGACCACGAGUGUCAGCUGCAGCAAUACAAAGACGAGCUGGACAGGACCUUCAGCUCAAAAUUGGAGAACGCCCAACAAGCAGUACUUGACAAAGACAUCGUUGUUUCAGCUACCAAAGAUGAACUGGAAACCACCAAACUAAAAGUGGAGACUCUCAGCUCCCAACUUCAUCAAUACCAGAAAGAGAAAAUGGCAUUAGAGGGCCGCUUCCAGGAUCUGGACAGGACUCUGGACCGUGAGCGGGAGGUUUGGCAGCAGAAGAUGAGUCAGAAGGAGCAGGAGCUGCUGAGCAUGAGGAGCCAGAUGUACAGCCAGCUGGAGGAGUACGAGAACCUGCUGGGUAUCAAGGUUGCUCUAGAUAUGGAGAUUAAGGCUUACAGGAAGAUGUUGGAGGUGGAAGAACAGAGAUUGCAUCUGUCUCCCAGCCCCUCCCAGCAUGUGUCCAUACCUCGCACGCAUGAACACGGUAGCAGCCGCAGACUGCGAGGCAAGAAGAGGAAGCACGACGGCGCUGCUGGCAGCUCACCCGCAUAUAAAAUGUGCAGUCAUUCGACUGAGCUUGGCGCUGUUAGCAUAGCCGACGUGGACGUGGACGGGAGAUACGUUCGACUGAAGAACAUCACAGAGAUGGAUCAGUCGCUUGGUGGCUGGAUUGUUCGAAGGGUAUACACAGACUCUGAAAUCUCUUUUCACCUGCCUUCUUCCUGCACCCUGGCUGGCGGGCAGACACUCACUAUCUGGGCAGCAGGUGCAGAGGAGGAGGCUGAUCCUGCGGACCUGGUUUUGGAGGGCCACAGGAGCUGGGGCCCCAUUAAUGAGGUCCGGGUGAUCCUCCUCAAUCCAGACUUUGAAGAGAUGGCUGAGCGCCGGGUGUGUAUGCAAAGCAGGGAGGAGGAAAGUGGCUUGGAAUUUGCAGAAAGCAGUAACGUGCAGCACUUUAGGACUCAGGACCAAGUGAAGUCGAGGACAAAGGCUGAGGACCAGGACUUGAAGAGGUCUUACUACUGUGGCAGAGGGACGAUGACCUCCACGUAGUUGAUGGGAAAGAAGCCAGAAUCCCCGUGGAUCAUGCCCUCAUACCAGUUCUCAUCGAUUUGGUUUGUCAGGAUGAUGACGUCUCCUUCUUUAAAGCCAAGCUCUCUUUCGUUCUCUGGCUCAAAGUCAUACAGAGAGCGACAGCACGGCUGAUCCAGCACCUCCCAUUCUGCGGCCAAACACAAAAUGCCAUUCAUGAUCAGUUUCAUUAAGGUGUAUGGCUAUGACAUAAUCACAGUCCAAUAAGUACCUCCAUUUUGAGGUAACGGUUCCUUUUAUUUUGGGUACAGUAAGGGAACAGAUUCAAAACAUAAAACUGCUUCGCUUUUGUGCAGCUUUAAUGAUUUGUGGUCAAGUACCACAAUAAUCUCUUACACACAAAACAAUACUAUUUUGUACAAAUCUAUAACCCACAAGGCACGAUGGGUAACUGAGUGCUGAUGAAGUGUGCAUGUGGACUUCCCAGCAUGUCCUACAGGUUAUAAAUCAAUAUAUAAAUCAGUCAAGAAGCCAAUGCUGCAUGGAUAUUGGUGCGUAAACAUCUAUUUUGAUACCUGCAUAAUCCUGCAAAUAAAACUGCACGGUGCUCCACACAGCAGCAAGCUUGCUAGCUCAGUAUGUCCGCGGUGUGGAAUUAUUUUAUUAACUUUCGGAUUGUAAAUAUGCAAUGUCCAAUGACCGUAAAGCACUGUGACAUACUGUAUGUACCACUGCACACACAGGCACAGACUCACAUGUUGUUGUAAAUGAAAACUCUGAUAUUAAAAUACGUCUAGCUGACAUGACCCAGGCGGAACAAACGUCUAACAUGUUACCAACUUACAGGGGCAGAUGUACACAAGACUCCUGGCCACCUUCCGAAAACACAGGUGUGCAAGUCCAGGUGCUGAAGGAGUGACCACGGUGACGGCCAAUCACACAUUAGCAAAAAACGGCUGAGCCAAUUGAUGAGCUUGUGGGCAGUCUAAAGGGAAAAAGGCUUCAACUUGAGCAGCCGUGUUCCGCUUGGUCCUUAUCGCCUUUUAACCCUCAAUGCACACGAUGCAUCAUGUGUGUGCAUUUAUUACAUGGCAUGACUGUAGUUUAAGGGAAGAGCUGCUGCCUAUAUCAAUAUCGGUUGAUAUCAAUAUCGAUAUCACUUGAUUGAUAUGGGUAAUGAGUUGUGAAAAGCAUCAGAUAUCGGGAACAAAGCCAAUAUCCAGCAUCUCCACGUGUGUGCCAAGAUCUUGUAUUGAUGACAGGAGAAUGAGACCACUGUGCCCACAAGUUUCCUCACCGUUCUUCCACUUUUUAAUCAUGCCUUGGAAAGUUUUUAACCCUAUUUUAGAGAUUUCAGCAAUCUCCUUAGAUGCCUGUUAAUAUUCCCAUUCAUGCGGGUCACUGUAUUCUGUCUUAGAAGACGUUUCGCCUUUCAUCGCAGCAGGCUUCAUCAGUUCAUGGGAGAAACACUAGUCUGACUCGAUAGGACAGAAUGAGAAUCUCCUUUGAUGUUUUCUCAUGCUUGCAUGCGUGCCUUCUGAAACAGAUGAACAUCUUUUCCACGAUCACUGGAUGUGUCUUUCCAUGCGCUUGUUUAACAAAUGAGAAGCUCCCUACUGAAUCACUUGGGUUUAAAUACGUUGUUCCCAGCUGAGACAUAAUCACGCAUGCUAUCACCCCCUACAUGACACUGUGGGUUCCCUUAGCAGCUCCUUCAGCAGCAGACUGUUACGCCCACGGUGUAAGGAGAGAUUCCGCAGGUCCUUCAUACCGACCGCUGUCGGGCUCUACAGCACCUGCACCACUUGAACCAUGUGUCACUAUGUAUUCUUUACUUGCGUAUCUUGCUUGCUGCUGUAACAAGCAAAUUUCCCUGCUGUGGGAUAAAUAAAGUACAAUACAAUACAAUACAAUACAUUAUCCAACGCUUGCUUAGUUCAGGCAGUGAACAAACAACAUGCGAUUAUAAUGACAUUGACUGGAAUGAGUUCCGUCAAGUUGAAGGUGCUGAUAGCCAGCUUGAUGAAAAAAAAAUAGCUUGAAUGGAUAGUACAGUGGAACCUCGGUUAAUGUCAUGAAUCCGUUCCAGAAGGUCCGACUUAAACCAAAACCACGAAUAAUCAGAAUGUAAAUCCAAUUAAUCCGUUCCAAAAAUGCCAAAAAUGUUAACAAAAAACAAAUAUUUACAGUUUUAUAAUGAUAGUUUUACUUGCAGAAAACAAUUCAAAAUGUAUAUAAAGGCAUACAAAUACAAUUGGCUGGUCCUGCAGCUAAUAGUCAGGUGCGACUGAUAUAUCAAAAUAUUUCCCCGCUGU